AUCAUGGUAUACGUCAAGACACUCACGGGAAAAACUCUCGAAAUUGAGAUUGCUCCGGAGCAGACCGUCGACGAGCUGAAACUGGCAAUCCAGGAGAAAGAAGGCAAUCCAACGGACCAGCAGCGCAUAAUUUUUGCGGGAAAGCAGCUUGAGAGUGACAAGAGAUUGUCAGAUUACAAUAUACAAAACGAAAGUACUUUACACCUUGUGCUCCGACUUCGAGGAGGAGGAGUCUCGCCUUCGCUCUUUGCA